UCCCCCCUCCGGACCCACCAUGCCGCUCUCCGGCGAUGAGCCCAUCUGCCCCAAGUUCCAGCCCAACAUCUUCGACCCCUCCCGCUGCCAUGACUGCUUGCGCCAGAGGCGCCUGCACGCCGGCGCAGGGGAGAGCACGGAGAUCGCACCGCAGCAGAAAUCCACAGCAGACACUGGAACUGGGGGUAUAACCGGGACCGGGAACGGGAUCGGCGCGGGCAAAGGAGGGUUGUUAACACCAAUCCCAUCCACGGCAGAGGAAAGAGACACCAGCAGCAGCAAGGAGGAUUCUGACGGUCUGUCGACGGUGAGCAGCUACUGUGACGUCACCGGAGGCCGUCCAGGUUAUGGGGAGAGCUCUCUGUGCAUCCUGAGCCCCGACUGUGAGCUUUACAUCUGUGACGGUGACGACGACAGCACUGACAGCUGCCGUGACCAGAGCGUCGACUACCAGGAGUUCAGCGGCUCCGUCAGCGCAGAGGACGAAUACCCGCCGAUCCGUCGCCGUAGGACCGACCUCGCCAUGACCCGGCUCGACCCUCCGCCCCACCGGGCCAACCCUCGGGCGUGGAUGGACGAAGCUCGCAGCAGAGACGGCUUCGCCAGGCGGUCAGGGAUAAAAGAAGACAGAGAGAAACGUGAAAGUGGUUACUUCUCCCUGGGGAGGGCAGCCGGCGCCCGUUCGCUCCGUGAUAACAGCCCGUCUGUUCCUUUCCGCCAUUUUGAGAGAGGGCAUCCCCUCUUCAGCGGCAGAAAUGUCGAGCCCAAAGACGCCGUCCCCUUCAGAAACCCUAAUCUCGGUGUGGCCUCUGACAGGCAGAUACCGGAGAAUCUAAAUGAGGAUCUCCCUGUUGAAAUCCCUCCUCCUGACCCCUAUGAAAUUGCCAUAGAGGUCGAGGCGCGAGUCGGCCCUCGUUCUCCGAGUCCUACCCCUUUUAAGAUAGCGGAGUCGCUGGCCUCGCCCGGCCGAAAGGGCCUCGGCAGUUCAUACGGCCGGGGAAACCCUUCGUCUCACGGUUCUUCCUAUCAACGAUCGGGGCGUCUCGAUUCCUCGAGGCAAAGCUCGGCUCUGCAAUCUCGCUCUCCUUCUCCCUCACGAGGAAAUUUACCGUUCAGACGCAGCGAAUCCACCGCCUCCCUCAGCAGGCGUAACUUUGACGGUGGAGGGCGGUCUCACGGGACGGAGCCGGGAUCCAGAAGCUGCUCGCAAAGCACACAUGCCCGACGUGUUGAGUCAGGAACUCUGCCAAGAAAUUUCAAAUCGUUCGCUGGUUCAGUCAAAUCUCAGUCCAGCACCGUUUCUGACUUCAGGAGUGCCCUGAGGAAAACGGAGGUGAAUGGGUCUUUGAGUGGUCGGGGUCACGACAGCAGAAGCUCGUCUCCCUCCAGGAGGGACUAUAACCCUCCAGGCCAAGUGUCUCUCCGCAAGACUGAGACCGCAGGAAGGUCACCACACGGACGUGGACGUGACGGUCGUACUUCAUCUCCAUCUCGGAGAACUUCAGAGAGUCGGCCUCACAGUCGCAGUUCCUCGCCGCCACGGAGGAAUUACAGCUCGUCCAGCCAAUCCCUCCUGCGUAAAUCUGAAUCCAUCGUGUCUCUGAACGGACGGAGUCACAACGGACGCUGCGGCUCGCCCAUCAGAGAGGGAUAUGAUGUUGAAAGCCAGGCUCUGCUGCGAAACUCAACAGCAAGGAAUGGACUGAAUGAUCAAGAACGUGACCGUGACCGUGCCACCACGUCUCCACCCAGACGAGGUCAUGACACACCGCGUCAGUCCAUACUCCGAAAGACCGAAUCGGGUGCUGCCGGCAGCGGGCGAGGUCGUGACAGCCGCUGCUCCUCCCCUGGAAGAAGAGGCUGUGAAACCCCUGGUCCAUAUCAACUUAGGAAAACAGACACCAGCGGUUCAUUAAACAGCCGUAACUCCUCGCCCUCGAGGAGAAGCUACGAGGCUCCUUCUCAGUCUCUGCUUCGCAAGUCUGAAGGAAACAGCUCCGUCAGAGGUCGUGACCUCCACGGCCCGUUGCCUUCAAGGAGAAGCUAUGAUGUUCCUGACCAACGCUCACUGUGGAGAACAGACACCAGUGGCUCUCUACACAGCAAGAGACACAACAGCCGCAACUCUUCUCCUUCUGGAAAAGGCAACUAUGACCCACCGGCUUACUCAGUCCUCAGAAAUGCCUCUAAUGGAGACUCCAGCCGCUCCGCUCAGAGAAAAAACACCGACAAUGACUCAAAAUCCGACUCCAAACACUCACCACACUCCUGGCGGGAAUCGGCUCAUUCCCUUCGCAGCUCUUCAUUAUCUCGCGCCGCUUCACCCUCCAGACGGACCACAGAUGGCAGCAGAACAGCUUUCGUGACCUUAGAGGCACCCAGGAGCCCCGGCAGCAUCAGAUCUGGGGUCAGCAGGCACGUUCUUGGGGAUCGCUGCCCCUCUCCUAAUGACAAAAGGCCCUCCCACCGCACGCGCAGCCCUUCUCCUGCACCUCAGAUUCAAAUCCGGAGGCACACCUCCUCCCAGAGCUCCAUGGAGUCCUCCGAGUCGGGCCAGCUGUCAGCGGGGUCCACGGGAAGGAACAGGGAGGAGUACGCUGCGAUGGCCAACCUGCCGAAGGUGAAAAUGAUCCAUCACAGGGAGGACCCGGGCUACGCGGGGCGGCCUCAGAACCAGCCGCCCUCUCGUAGACAGGAACUCUUCAAACCGGCCAGCCACUCCUUGAGCAAACAUCCAUCCAGAGAGUGGGAAGAUACGAUGGAUUCGGAAAGAGAACGGCACUAUAGUGGCAGUGGGUAUCUCUCUCGGGCUCACUCCUCCACCUCAUUGCAGAGGUCCGGCAGUCCCACGGCAGAUGAGGGCAGUUCUUGGAAAGGUAAUCACCACAGAUCAGAGCAAAUGCAGCCCGACCUCCUGAACUUCAAAAAGGGAUGGAUGUCCAAACUGGACGACAGCGGAGAGUGGAAGAAGCAUUGGUUUGUUCUGACGGAUGCUGGACUGAAGUACUACAGAGACUCCAGUGCAGAGGAGAAAGAUGAUAUGGACGGGGAGAUUGACCUAAAAUCCUGCGUGAAGGUGUCUGAGUUUGAUGUGGAGAAGAACUACGGCUUUCAGAUCCAGACGCGAGAGGCUGUGUUCACACUGUCUGCCAUGACGGCUGGAAUCAGGCGGAACUGGAUAGAGGUUUUAAAGAAGUGUAUCCGGCCCAGCAGCUCUCCAGACCUCACACAAUUACCUGACAGCAGCAGUGACAAGGAAAACUCCCACUCACGCUUUCUGCUGUCUUCACGUCGCCCGUCAUCACGUCACAGUGAUGUUCAGUCAGAAGUUCCGACCUCCGCCCUUCCAUCUCAGCGUAGGUUUGACUACGUCGAGCUGUCCCCUGUUCCCGCCUCCUCCGGUCCUCUCCCAGCCAGUCAGAGAGAAGCAGGAGAGGGGCAGGGGAGGGAGCACAUCCAGUGGCAGGAGGAGAGGAACACGAGCAGCCAGUGGGAGGCUGUGCUGUCCAGGAAGGGCACUGGCAUAGGAGCGAACCAAAGGCUUCGCAUGGAGGAUGAAAUAGAGAGAAAGUGGGCCGAGUUUGAACGCAUGCCGUUAAAGGAGAUGGGCUCUUUACCAUCAGUGGGAUCACGGUCCUCCAGCCAUUCAGCCAAUGAGGCGCUGCAGAGGGAGGUGGCGUCACUGAGGCAGCAGUUGGAGGAGCUACAACGAGGGGGAAGAGGAGGAGUAGGAGGGAGAGGUGUGCGGGGCGGCUGUGGCCCUGAGGCCCCCUGCGGCCGCAGCCUGGCAGCCAUGGAGCGCGCUCACCGACACGCGCUGGAGGAGCUGCAGAGGCAGCACGACCGCCAGAUCAAGGAGCUGGAGGCGGAGAAGGACAGGCUGCUGCUGGAGGAGACGCAGGACACGGCGCGAGUGAUGGAGGCUUUGAAGAAGAAACACAAAGAGGAGCUGGAGAGAGAGUUGGAGAAAGCGAAGAGGCUAAGCAGCGGGGUGCUAGACUCGCAGACCUUGCGAGCCCAACAACAGGCAGAAACUCAGUCCUUGCAGAGAGAGCUGGCUGGACUGUCUGAGCGCUAUUCUCAGAAGUGUCUGGAGCUGAACCGAGCCGAGCAGAACAACGCAGAGAGAGAGAGAGAGAUCAGCCGCAAAGAGAGAGAUAUGGAGCAGCUGAGGAAGGAGAACCAGGACCUAAAGGCCCGUUGGAUGGAGGAGAUCGGCCGUAUACGAUCUACCAUCACAGAUCAGGGCUCAGGGGACAACAAAGACAGGAACUGCGAACUAGAGGUUCUUCUCAGGGUGAAAGAAAAAGAGAUCGAGUACUUACACAAGGAGAUCAGCUGUCUGAGGAAUGAACUGCAGGUUCUGAACACGGAGAAACGGCUGGCUUGUGAACGAUAUACAGAGGCGCAUGAGGAGCUGAGUGGGAUGAAGGGCCGGAGCGAGCGAGAGAUCCAGAGUCUGAAGGAGCACUUGAGGCUGGCCAUGGCUGCUCUGCAGGAGGGGCAAAAGCUGGGCAACAGCCUGGACCACUGAGAACCUGCUGCUGGUACUGACGCGCUGGCGGACACAGUGACAGACGUGUCUGCACUGUGGUGACUGAAUCAAAGAGACACAGGAGGAGCAGAGGAGAUGAUUGUUGGACUUGUACAGUUCCAGCUGUGUGGGGACCAUGAUAGUGCCUUAGUUUUCAAUCGUUCUGCCAAUGAGCAGGUUAGAGUAGCUAGUAGCUGGUUUCAUUACACUGGGCCACACAUGAUAUAUAAAACUGCACUUUUAUUUCCCCCAGUCUCACUUUUCUUUUUUUUUUUUGUGAGUGCAAGCGUGAAUGAGUGCGCAUUUGGUCUUAAAACUGGAAUAUUUGUUGAGUGACCUUUUCUUUUCUUUUCUUUUUUUUUUUUAUCAGGUAUUAUAGAUAAACAGUUCAUGCUGUAUCAGCUUCUUUUGUUGGAUAAACUUCUCAAUGCCACUGUGUCUUCUGCCUGAGAGCAGGAGUUAACGCAGUUACAGUAGAGCUACUGUCAUCUCAGUUUUCUGUUGUACAGCUUUUGAGUCAUGUUUACUCUGUGAAAAAUGGCACACAUUUCAUUAGAAAUGGGAGCUUAUCAUUUGAUGUAAUUAUUUUUCUACCUAGUAAUAUUCUUUCUUGUAUUGUGCUUGCAAAUACGAAAUUUAAAAAAAAAAUGGGAUUAAUACAGGACAAGACAGCAAACGUUUCUAAUUCCUGGCGACCUUAAUUGCAAGUUGAUCUAAUUGUAUAGAAGCAUAUUCAAGGUCAGCUUUCUUUGGGGAUGCUUGCAAAAGCUGUUGAAUGAACGUUAUCCCACGUCACAGAUGUCUUUAUUUUUAAACCAUGUCUGAGAAGCACGCUUCCAGUCUGCCCUGAUCAUUAUUGGCAUUUAUUUGCCACCACCACAACAAAAUGACAGGUGUUGCAUCAAUGAGCCAAUUUUUUAUUGACAGUAUGUAUUGUGAUAAAAUGACUUAUCUACCUGCCUUUUGGAAACUUUUUUCAUAUUUAAUGUACUGAAGAGGCUGUAUCAUCUUUGUAAAUUAUACACAUUUUUUGCAAUCAAUAAAAAGAAAAGAAACAAA